AGCAUCGAUAUAAAUAGCUGCGUCGGCUGUUUCUCGGUGCUAGAUUUGCUACAACUUUUAGAAAUGAAAAACCUGCAGCUACGAGCCAUCAUUGCGCUGGUAAUACUGUGCAUCCAACAGGCACAAUCUCUCCAGUGCUACGUGUGUCUAAGUGCGGUGAGCUUUGACGACUGCUCCACUAAAGCCCAGAAAAUUGACUGUGACUCACCGCCGCCCGAUCUGCCGUUCCCGUUCACCGCGUCAACGUCUAGAAAUGGCAACUUCGCGUGCGGAAAGGGCAGUGGAUCCGGUUCGGGAGGGCAGGUCUUUAUGAAAUCGUGCAUUCCCAAAAUGACCGAGACAGAGUUCUGUGCCUUGCUAACGGCGGAAGUGGAGGCGGACGGCAAAGUGGACGUAUGUAAAGUGUGCAACGACAAUCUAUGUAACGCGAGCAGUACGCGAGUGUUGACCGGUGCUUUGCUGCUGUUGACCGUUGGUCUAAUUUUUCGCACGUAGCUAGGGGCGAUUGUGUAACGGCCUCAUAUAAGGCGUACGACAGUCAGUGAGACUGAAAAUAGACUUCUAAUUCAUUCAUUUAGUA